AUGGUCAAAACGAGCGAUGUGUCAUCUACACCUGACACAGUUGAAGUUCAUGGAUGCGGCUGGUCUUGGUGCGUUUUGCUCAAAGAUUUAUUUAAUCUUUCCUCAACGAAAUCUGGCAUAUUCUCAGCUACGUAUGAUGUAGCAGUGGCUAUCAUGCUUAUUCCAUUAUCUUAUUAUGCACAUCGAGUAAACAAAGUUCGCUGCAUUGGUUAUGGAAUGUUUAUGGUUGGGCUAGGAGCUUUACUACUCAUACUUCCACAUUUUAUUGAUGGUCUUUACGUGGUUGGAGCUCUCAAGUCAGAUGUAUGUGACGCAAAUAGAGAAAAUAGCAGUUGUGAUGCUCAGCAGGCCACUAGCAUUUCCUACCCGCUGCUGCUCGUCUCUCAGCUUUUUAUUGGAUUUGGUGCUGCACCUUUAUUCACAUAUGGGUACAGCACUAUAGAUGAAUUCGAUUCACAGAAGAAAACUGGAAACAACAUGGCAAUAUUCAUGGGUGUCAGCACUGUUGGACCUGCAUUAGCCUUCAUUGGUGGAGGUUAUUUGCUUACUAUCUGGGGAGAUAUUGGAAAAUCGAACUAUCUAGAUCUUGGAUUAAAUGGUCCAUCAGACCCGCGAUGGUAUGGAGCGUGGUGGAUAGGAUUUCUUGUUGCUGGUUUAGCCUCGUUUUUCACCUCCCUUCCUUUAUGCAUGUUCCCAAAAAAAUUGAAUGAUACGGAUCAGCGAAAAAAAGAUGAUGUCGUUCAAACACAUGCGAAACUGAAUGUUGAUUUUACUGGGGACAAAUUCGCCUACUUUAAAAUCUUCAAGGUAGCCUACACUACUUGCCCUCUGCAUUUAUACUGA